GAGCUGAGAAGAGAAGAUCCUCACUUAGGUUGGAGUUCCGAAAAAACGCGUUGUAGAGUAAAGCCUGAAGACACGUAUCCAGCUCCAGGAAAUGCAUGAAGGAGCGCUGCCAUCUUGCUGGGACAUGCUGAUCAUUGUAAAGGUGCCAUUGUUCGUCCUUCAGCCAGUGUACAUGAACUAAGCCGCAAAAUUGUGCUAUCAGGCUUGAAGCAUGGGCUCAAGUGCCACAUGGCAGCUGACAAUAACGGAAUUCUCUUGCUUGCAAGGUACUUAGCAGAGGCUGGGAUCUUGCCUAACCAACAACUGAGUUUGGAGCAUGACAAUAUUUCAACGGUCCGGUUUCGGUUCCAGAAUGGUUUGGUUCUCGUGGUUAUCUAUAAAGACUUAGUUGGCAGGAUAUGCUAGAUUAAUUAGAGCCUCCUGAAGGAAUUAGCUGGCAGGCGGCUAUUCCCGAAACUCAUCUGUAGCUCCAGCUCCCAUCACCUUGUUACACUCUGGGAAUCUCUUGGGCCAGCGGGCAUGUUAAA